AUUAGAGAAAGCAUUGGUGACCAAGAACGAAGCAAAGGGGGAGAGCGAGGCCACGUCUUGGGGGUUGGGCGUGGUCGGCCACAGAACAAGACCUCGCCGUGCACCCGGUGACACACAAAUUGGGAAUUUCAGCAAAAAGCUUGGAGACUAGGAAAGGCGUGGAAAAAACAGAUAACUGGGACAGGAGAUUUUCUUGCAGAGCAGGUGUGGCUGUCAUUCAGCCACUGCAUCCACCUUCCCCGGGAAGAAGGAAAUCAAACACGAAGUGGAGAAGAGAGUAGAAAACUAACAAAGCUUAUAAGAACUGUCGGCCCAUCGACCGCUCUCUCAUCGUUCGCACUUUUUCUCCAGGUGACGGCCUCUCCCUCCGCCAGUUCUUCUCCUUCUGGACCAAAUAAACGCCCACCCAUCCGUUGUCUGUUCCUUCUGAUUACGUCGGAUUCACGCAGUCGGCACUAAUUUUCUCACCUAAAAUUAGAACUGAAGGAUUACAUUUCCUCAUCAACCACAAUCUUUAAACUCUAAACCAGGGAGAAGUUAUGUCGUCCAAAUGAUUGAGCAAGCAUCAAGCUCGCAUCGUAGCUCCCAGUCUUGAACAUCCUUGAGCCCCAUGGCUGCCCCGUCAGCUUGUCUAGCUUCAGUCAGCCUGUCUUCUUGCAAUAACAAGCUCUCCAAAUCAUUUUAUGGUAAACAAUUUGCCCCUUGUUAUGGACUUCCAUCUUUGAGAGUAAUUCCGAGAUCAAUCUGUGUUAAAGCAACAUUGGAGCAGAGACACCACAAUGGAAGAAGAAAAUUCUUGAAGUUUCUGGCUGGAAAUGCUGGAGUUGGUUUAUCAUCAUUUUUGGGUGCUAAAAGUGCCAAAGCCGAUGAGCAAGGUGUAUCAUCCUCACGGAUGUCAUAUUCAAGGUUCUUGGAGUACCUGGACAAGGAUAGAGUGCAAAGAGUAGAUCUCUUUGAGAGUGGAACUAUUGCAAUUGUGGAGGCAAUUUCCCCUGAGUUGGGUAACCGGGUGCAACGGGUGAGAGUGCAGCUGCCUGGGCUCAGUCAAGAGCUGCUUCAGAAGCUCAAGGAAAAGAACAUUGAUUUUGCGGCUCACAACGCUCAGGAAGAUUCAGGUUCUCUCUUGUUCAACCUGAUUGGAAACCUGGCAUUCCCUCUGAUCUUGAUUGGCGGUCUGUUUCUUCUGUCAAGGAGGUCUUCUGGAGGAAUGGGUGGGCCUGGAGGUCCUGGUUUUCCCCUUGCUUUUGGCCAGUCAAGGGCUAAAUUUCAAAUGGAACCAAACACUGGUGUUACGUUUGAUGAUGUGGCUGGCGUUGAUGAAGCAAAGCAGGAUUUUGUUGAGGUGGUUGAAUUUCUGAAGAAACCAGAAAGAUUUACCGCAGUUGGGGCACGUAUCCCUAAAGGUGUUCUUCUUAUUGGUCCACCAGGAACAGGGAAAACUUUAUUGGCCAAGGCAAUUGCUGGUGAAGCAGGUGUCCCAUUCUUUUCCAUUUCUGGAUCAGAGUUUGUAGAGAUGUUUGUGGGUAUAGGUGCUUCACGAGUACGUGACCUUUUCAAGAAAGCCAAGGAAAAUGCUCCAUGCAUUGUCUUUGUGGAUGAAAUUGAUGCUGUUGGUAGGCAGAGAGGAACAGGAAUUGGAGGGGGUAAUGACGAGAGAGAGCAGACACUCAAUCAACUUUUGACUGAAAUGGAUGGUUUUGAAGGAAACACGGGUAUUAUUGUUAUUGCUGCAACUAACCGUGCUGAUAUUCUUGACUCUGCUCUGCUGCGGCCAGGGCGUUUUGACAGACAGGUGACUGUAGAUGUUCCUGACGUACGUGGAAGGACAGAGAUAUUGAAAGUGCAUGCUAACAACAAAAAAUUUGAUUCGGAUGUUUCUCUUGAUGUGGUCGCCAUGAGAACACCUGGAUUUAGUGGGGCUGACCUUGCAAACCUGUUGAAUGAGGCAGCUAUACUAGCUGGCCGGCGUGGGAAGAUGGCUAUUUCUUCGAAGGAGAUUGAUGAUUCAAUAGAUAGGAUUGUUGCUGGAAUGGAAGGAACAGUGAUGACAGAUGGAAAAAGCAAGAGUCUUGUGGCAUACCAUGAAGUUGGCCAUGCAAUUUGUGGUACUUUGACUCCAGGACAUGAUGCCGUUCAAAAGGUCACCUUAGUUCCAAGGGGUCAAGCUCGUGGGCUUACUUGGUUCAUACCUGCCGAUGAUCCAACCUUGAUAUCUAAGCAGCAACUUUUCGCGAGAAUUGUUGGUGGCCUUGGUGGCAGAGCUGCUGAGGAAGUAAUUUUUGGUGAUGCAGAGGUCACAACUGGUGCUGCUGGAGAUUUGCAGCAGAUCACUGGUCUAGCCAAACAGAUGGUAACUACAUUCGGGAUGUCUGAGAUUGGCCCAUGGUCUCUUAUGGACUCCUCUGCACAAAGUGCUGAUGUUAUCAUGAGAAUGAUGGCAAGAAAUUCAAUGUCAGAAAAACUUGCAGAAGACAUAGAUGCAGCUGUUAAAAGGAUCUCUGAUAGUGCAUAUGAAGUGGCACUACGUCACAUUCGGAACAACCGCGAAGCAAUUGAUAAAAUCGUAGAAGUGCUUCUUGAGAAGGAGACGCUUACUGGUGAUGAGUUCAGGGCCAUUCUCUCCGAGUUUGUUGAAAUCCCUGCAGAGAAUCGGGUGCCUCCAUCUGUACCAACUACUGUUGCUGCAUAAGAUGAAGCGGAGCUAGCCCACUUCUUCUGGCACGUAUAUCUUUUAGAGCUGUUCAUACCUUGAUUUCUGCAGCCUGUAUACAUGCAACCUGUAAUUUAUGUUGGAUUAAGUAUACUAAGCCUUUGAAAAGAGCUCAUUUCAUAAAAGUUAUAGUUUAUUUUCGUUC